AUGAAAAUUAUUCGCUAUUUAUUACAACUAUUUUUUAACUGUACCUUUGAAUUUUUUCGAAUUGGUGAAUUCUUAAUUAAUCCACAAAUGAUUGAUUUAUUAUUUGAUGAAGAUACGGCAACAAAGUUACCUUUACAAAUCCAUUCCCAAAUGGGAGAAUUAUUUCUUGAAAAUGAUUAUUCCUUAAAUUUUGCUUUGAAUCAUCUUAUUUGUAAUCAAUUUAUAGUUGUUGUUCUUGACUCGGUUGACAAAAGCGAUAAUACAAUUGAAUUUCUUAACAUAUUCGACGUGGAAAAUAGUAUAGACACUUUGAUUAAAAUUUUGGAAAAUGAAGGAAAUAAAUUUUUUAAUAUUACUUAUGUGAAUCUUGAUUCAAGAAUUUACAAUUCUAUUAUAAAGCAUAUAGAACAAUCACAAGACCUUUCUCAAAUGCCGGAGGAUAUUAAAUUUGAUAUUAUGUAUGGACCUCUUAUUUCAAGUGAAAAUGCAGAAAAUAUCAAAACCAAAUUUAAAGAAGGUAUUAAAACUACAAAAUUUCAAAUUUCAAAUAAACACAAUCCAAAAAUUAAAUUUUCCGUAUGCAUUGAACAUAGAUAUAAAUCUAUUGAUGUGUCAGUUUUUGAAGAUAAUGUGCCGGGAGUUAGAGCUGUAAUUAAGAGAAUUAAUUGAUAAAUCUAUUUUUUGUUUGGUGUGAAGUUUAAUUUAUUUUUUUAUUGUAUUUUAUUGAAAAAUGGCUUUACUUUGACUUUUUUGAUUAACAUAUUUUUUAUUUUUUUUCUCUCUUUGUAUAAAAAUUUGUU